CGAAGAUUCAUCGGUACGAUCGGUCAGCAAUUUCUUGGAACAACAGAAACAGUAGGGUCUCUCUCCGGCUCCAUCAGACUUUAUUCCGCCUUGUUUCAUGAUCACUACAGCCUUGUCUCUCGUCGAGAGGUACAACAAGAUAAAAAGUGCUACUACUUUUCAACGUUUUGCAACGAAUUUCGUCUGCUUCAUCCACAAGUUCUAGUUUUGAAAAAAUCCACAAGUUCUACUUUUGAAACAAAGCGAAUUUAUAUCUUCACCUGUUAUAUAAUUACAGAUACGAUCAUUAUUUUCAACUCUUGAUCAUCAACAUUCUCACCAUGACAUUGAGGAAGUACAACUACAAUCCAAUGUUUCGGUUUCCGUUGGUCCUGGUGUCUGCGCUGUUCGCCGACAGCGCCAAUUCCCGCCUUCUUGCCGCCAGUGGGGGUCGUGUGACAGGGGCUGCUGCUGCUGGAUCUCAACAACUACUUUCACCACGGCGACGAGGGCACGACGAUCAACGUUCCGGAUUUGUGCGGUCGUGCAUCGCCCGUUGUUGCGGUGGUCGUCCUAUCAUAUUAAAAAGCGCCCCACACGACCCGGACAGUGUAGUUAUUCCAAAAAAUAUGUAAGUGAUGUUAUUGCAAUUGAUUUAGUAGUGUGUGUGUGUGUGUAUGUGACGUGUGUUGUCUUCUUUUUGGGAAAAAGAUCAUACAGCAAAAACUUCUUCGUGACACGCCACAAAUUUUUGCCAAGUGUCAGCGCUGGUCGUGUGGUCUUCUGAGCAGGUCGCGCUAGCGGGUGGGGCGCUUUUUAUCUUCAUGUUGCGCCACCGCCAGGAGGAUGGAGAUCCGCCAGGACGAGACGGGUCGCAAGAAGGUGCUCCGGAAGGAGGUGCUCCUCCAGCUCCGCAAGGAGAAGGACUGUCGCAGCCCCUUCCUUAUGCUGCGCACCAGGGAAGCGCUAACGCUGCCGCUGCUUCGUCGGUUCGUCUGGGAGGUCUCGCCGUCGGCGAGGUGUAUAGCCACAGCCAUGUUGGUGCGCCGCGGCCUGCUGCCGUCGGAUCGCAGUUGCGGCAACGCAGGGGGCCACCGCAACGGCCUGAUACGGCGGCGCCGCCGCGCGCUGCCUCGUCAUCUCGGGGAGGUCGCAAGCUCGACGAGUCCGGCCGUCAUUUCGACGAGCAGAUGGGCCGACGAUUCGACGAGAUGGCCCGUCAACAUGCUGAAAUCUGCCGUCAAGAUACUGAAUUCUGCCGUCACGAUGCUGCAUUAUGCCGGCUUUGGCGCGAGGAGAUGGUCCGCAAACUUGAAGCUGCUGGGCGACAACAUCCUGAUAUCCGACCUCAGCUGCUCCGCGGCAGUGUCAAGAAAAGGUCCUCAUUCUGCCAAGGUUUUUUCGAGGACAUGGUCCGUCAACUUGAACCUGCUCGGCGACAAGAUCCUGAAGUCUUAGCUCGGCUUCUCAAGGCUGUCGAAGCGGCUGUCGAAGCCUGGCUUGAGAAUGGCCGACGCAUCGAGCAGCGGAAGCUCUCCGCCUCCACCGAGGGCCAGGAUGGAGGUCCGCCCGGAGGUCGGUCGCAAGAAAUUGCUCCGGAAGGAGAUGCUCUGGCCCUGCAAGGAGCGUCGAAGCCCGUUCAUGAUACAACUGCGCAGCAAAACGCUAACGACAUGUCGCAACGUUCUGACAUGCCGGCUCCGGGCGCUGCUGCUGCUUCGUCGUCUCGUCUGGGAGGUCUCGUCGGCCGCGAGGUGGGUGGCCCUGUCCAUGUUGAUGCGCCACCUGCUGACGUCAGAUCGCAGCUGCGGCAACGCAGGGGGCCACCGCAACGGCCUCUCCAUACCCAUGCUGAUGCUCCGCCUGCUACCGUCGCAAACAGCCGCGACGAGGCUCUGAUCAUGCGUCGUAGAGUACAGAAAUGCUUCCCACGCCCUGAAGCGCCGCGUGCAGGACAUGGCCGUCCAGGAGAUGGGCAGACGCAGCAAGAAGCGGGAAGACCCGGAGCGUAUGAAGACCGGGGGGACCCGUGGGAGCCCAUCCAUCGCAUCCCAGAAGAGAACCGGUGGAGGACUCGGGUUAAUGGGAGUGAUACAGCGGCAAGGGCCAGGGCCAGCUUUGUCGAAGGCUUCGGAAAUGAUCUGGAAGUGGGGGCGGAAGAUGGUUCUGGAACUGGGGGUACAUUUCAAGAAGGUCAAUGGUGGAGUGGGAGUCCAUCCGAAGCCCCGUCUUGUGAAAAAUAA